CACCGGAGCGACAAGCGUCCUGCCCGCUGCUCGAGCAGCGCCCCGCUAUUGGCUGCCCUGCCGGAGCUGUCCUCAGUUGUCGCUUUGGGGACUUUUGAUUGGCCUGCAGCCAGUGACGUCGCAGGCAAGCUGCUCGCCGAUUGGCUGCAGGCUCUUGCGCCGGCUCUGGCGGGGUGUUCGUAGGGGGCUGAGGGCGGUGGAGCGCCGUGUCCCUGCUGCCCGCGCCGAACGUUCCCGUGAGGCCGCAGUGCACGAAUGUUCGCAGCCCUUCCCGGCGAAGGCCGCCAUGAUCAGUUUCAGUAAUUCACCCCAGUGCUGCAUCAGGAAAUGGACUGGGACCAGUUUGACUUGAACCCUAAAGUAAUUGCUGCCCUUAAGAAAGCUGACAUAAAAUCAAUAAAAGAGAUUUUAAACCUUUCUGGAGCAGACUUGCAAAGAUUGAUGAAACUAUCCAGUGCGGAUAUCCAGUGCUUGCUGAAAACAGUCUCUCUCACGCUGAGGAGAAAUAGCAUGCUUACAGCACUUCAGCUCUACCAAGAUAAAGAUCAUCUCACCUCCCAGCAGCAGAAGCUGAGCCUGGGAUGUUCAGUACUAGAUGCCUUGUUAAAAGGUGGCAUUCCUUUGGUGGGAAUCACUGAGCUCGCCGGGGAAAGUUCUGCUGGGAAGACUCAGAUCGGUUUACAGCUCUGCCUUUGUGUACAGUAUCCUUACAAAUACGGGGGAUUAGAGUCUGGCGCUGUCUACAUUUGUACGGAAGAUGUAUUCCCAAGUAAACGUUUGCAACAACUCAUAGAUCAACAACAUAAGCUGCGUGCAGAUGUUCCAGCUGAAAUCAUACAGAAGAUCAAAUUUGGAAACGGUAUUUUUGUUGAGCAUGCAGCAGACCUAGAGACCUUUCACAACUGCAUUACCAACAGGAUUUCCCUGCUGCUGGCAAGAGGCAUGGUGCGGUUGGUGGUCAUAGACUCCAUUGCUGCUUUAUUUCGCUGCGAAUUUGGAGCUUCAGAUUCUGUCACGAAGGCUCGGUAUUUGCAGACAUUUGGAGCACAGCUUCACAGUUUAAGCAUGAGAUUCAGGACUCCGAUAAUGUGCAUUAAUCAGGUGACCGAUGCAGUGAGCGAGUCGGAAGCUGCUCAGUGCGGUUGUAGUGCGGUGGAUAACAGAGUCUCUCCAGCACUUGGAAUAACCUGGGCAAAUCAGCUGCUAAUGAGAUUGAUGGUCAGCCGACUGUCACCGCCUGAACAAUCAUCUGCACUUGUGUCACACCACUCUGGAAGCGUAAGGACUUUAAGAGUAGUUUUUGCUCCUCAUCUCCCUCCAUCCUUUUGCUACUAUACAGUUAAAUUGGAAGGUGUAAAAGGAAUAAAGUAAAUCUUUUGCAUAGUAAGGCAAUGUGCUCCAAAAAUCUAUCAUAACUGCUUUGCUUCACGAAGGAUUUCUUAGUAAAAUGAAAUUCUUCCUCGAGGAGAGAAACAGUGAUAUGACUCCAUUAAGCCUUAUCUACAUCAUGAAAGAAGAUCUUUUUAUCCUUGGGGAUCUGUUCAUCAGCUUUUCCUCCCGAGGGCAGAGGAAGGCUGGGGCAGGUGGAGGCUGCACAACGACGAGUGAUGUGGUAAAACCCAGAUUAGUGGGGACCUGAUUUCUAACGGUGUGUUAAUAGCGUGCUGAUCUGGAACCAGCAUUUACUGCGGUUGUUUUACCUCUCUGGUCCCAGACCCAAAAAGGACUCAAAUUCAACCAGGUGAUAUCACCUGAUGGUGUUUCUACUUCUUGUGAUGCCACUACAUAGAGCCAUUCUUCUAGCUCUAGGAACUCAGAAAUAAUAUAAACAGCUUUGUCACAAAGCAAUCAUCCUAUUUUAAAACCACUUGUAAUUAAUAUUAGGACUAAAAUAAAAAUGCCAGAGAGAUAGAGUUAACAUCUUACUGUAAGAAUUAAACUAGUACUGCUUUUGUACUAUAUGGGCAUAUCCAAAGAACUUUUACAAACGUUUUGUAAAUGGUUCUUUUCUACUGUUUUCCUGCUUUCUAGUUCCUUCCCCUCAGAGCAAAAGCCUCUUUAGCCUUUUCCAUUUAAAAAAUAACAAAGCAAGCUGAUCCCUUGUUCUGUUUGCCUGUUUCUAAGCGGUGUGAGCGUGCCAUCGCUCAGCUCAGGGGCCUGGCCACCUCUGUCUUCAAAUCUUUGUGUCCCAUGCCUCCUUCCUAACAAUUUUAAUGAAACUAAUUAAAUUUUCUCUUCCCUUCUUGGCUUGUUUAUUUGCCAUGGGGACUUUAGUCAAUAUGUUGCUUGUCAUAUUGUACUGAUUAAAACAGAAGCCACAGACAGAUGUAGCUGAUUAAUGGGAGGUGGUCAACCCCAACCUGGACAUGGUUUUACCAAAGAGACUCCUCCCAGUGCAGCGCACGGGGAACCACGUUCAGUACAGUGUGGUACGUGUCUUAAGGCUCAUUUUUGUAGUGUGUCGAUAGUUCUUGCAGCCUCUCUGCUUGCGGGAAUGACACGUAAGUGUCAAAGUCACAGGUGGGUCUAUAACCAAAGUCCCAGUUUACAUAGUGAAAAACACUUUUAUCAGCAAAUUGAAGACCUGAGCAAGUCUUCCUGUCAUUGCUCAUGUUUUUUUAUUUAACUGUCCAGCUGGCAGCUUAAAUCUGAGAGUGUUACAGCACAGCUGUAGCUCAUCAGCACACAAACCCUGAACCUCCAAAAUGCAACUGACUCCCAGCUCACACUCAGGUCAGUAACUCUCUGCAGCUGAAUGUUCACCUGUAGUUUCUACCCUUUCAGUUCCAUCCACAGUCAGAAAUCCAGAUUGUUGUUUGUGUGACAGUAGUAGAACCUUCAGGAAGACUGAACGCAGCAUCUGCUCUUUUUGAAGCCUGGUGUCAAAACUGCCAAAACAUACUUACAUUUUAAUAAAUGCAAUUUAAGAACCUUC